GUUCUGGAAGGGGUGAGCCUCACUGCAGCCAUGCAACGAUGCAUCGAUUGGGAUUACGACUGUGAAGCUGUGAGGCCGGUUGGAUCAACUUUCGAGCUCUACACGCAGCUUUGGGCCGUGCCACGAGCUGCCGCAUGGCAAAAGCUUUCCUGCUGUGAGGCUGACAGCUCCGGGAAGUGCAGCUUGCCUGAUGGUCGGUUCACAGCCGGGUUCAAUGUUGGUGACAUACUGGUUUCUGAAGAAGCAGUGGCUUUCAUCAAUCACACUGUUCAGGAGUUUCGGCGCCAGACGAGCAAAGAAAUGAACGUCUGA